CGACACACACACACACACACACACACACAUAUAUGUAUAUAUAUUAAUCUGACUGAAUGAAGAGUGACAGACUGCAUAUGAAAUGGAGAUCUUCAUCUCCUUGUGCUGGCCGGUUCUGAUUCUCCUAAUCUUCUUGAUUUUAAAGCAUUUGAACACACGUAAACAUAGGAACUUGCCACCAAAUCCGCCUUCUCUACCGAUACUCGGCCACCUCCACCUCGUCAAAACUGCGCCCCACCGUGCUCUCCAAGCUCUAUCCAACAAGUAUGGUCCGAUUCUGUAUCUUCGGUUCGGCUGCCUUCCAAUUCUCCUCGUUUCCUCUCCCUCGGCAGCCGAAGAAUGUUUCUCCAAGAACGAUGUCAUCUUCGCCAACCGGCCUGAAUCCAUUGCCAACAAAAUUCUUGGGUACAAUUGCACCACCAUUGGAUUCUCUCCUUAUGGAAACCAUUGGAGGAACCUCCGGCGUCUGACAACCAUCCAGGUCUUUUCCUCCGCCAGUCUCCAGUAUUCUGCAGCUACUCGAGGUGAAGAAACUCGUUUCCUGGUGCGAAAAUUGUUCCAGGGCUCUGACCCCACGGCUUGGAAGAAAGUGAAUCUGAAUGCUUUGUUUUUUGAAUUGGUUUAUAAUGUGGUCAUGGUGAUGGUUGCUGGAAAACGUGGAUCCGUGAUGACCAACAUAUUCGGGCCAAUGAAGAUGCUUGAUAUCUGCGAUUACAUUCCUUUGUUGAGGUGGGUGGGGUUCAAAGGGAUGGAGCGCAACAUGGUGAAUUUGCAGAAAAUAAGAGAUGUUUUCUUGCAGCGUUUGAUUGAUGAAGGCCGGAAGCAGAUUGGUGAUUCUUCAUCCGUUGAGGGAAAAAAGACAUUUGUUCAAGCAUUAUUAUCUUUGCAACAAGCUGAACCCGAAUAUUAUACAGAUGAAAUUCUCAAGGGACUCAUUCUGCCAAUGUUUACUGCUGGAACACACACUACAGCUAUCACAAUGGAGUGGGCAAUGUCACUUCUUCUGAAUCACCCGAACGAGCUAGGAAAGGUGAGGGAGGAGAUCGACAGUAUUGUCGCGCCCGGAAAAUUGCUUGACGAUUCAGAUCUCCAGAAACUACCAUAUUUACGCUGCGUAAUCAACGAAACACUGAGGUUGUAUCCUGUCGGGCCCCUUCUCGUUCCACAUUUAUCAUCUAAAGAUUGCACUGUAGGGGGCUUCGACGUUCCGGCAGGUACAACAUUGCUAGUAAAUGCCUGGGCCAUUCAGAGAGACCCUAAAUUGUGGGAGGAGCCCGGAGCGUUCAAGCCUGAGAGGUUCAGAGGAUUUGAUGGGGGAUAUGAUGGGUUUAAAUUUUUACCAUUUGGGAUUGGGAGAAGGGCAUGUCCUGGUUCUGGUAUGGCUAUGAGGUUGAUGGGGUUGGCAUUAGGCACUUUUAUUCAGUGCUUUGAGUGGAAAAGGGAAGGCCACAACUUGGUGGAUUUGGAUGAGUUUACAGGCAUAACCUUGUCGAAGGUGAAGCCGUUGGAGGCCUUGUAUCGGCCACGUUCGUCCGUGACGAGUCUCUUGUCUCAGCUUUAGGUAUUCACCGGUUGUGAGCAAGUAAUGAAAUACUCUGUAGAGGUGGAUGGCCAAUCUGUCACUACUUGUGUAAUUUACUAGUUCUAGCUACACUAGAUUAGUUUGUAAUUAUGCAUGUUUUUCUAGUUAUUUUUCUCUCAGUUGUUUCUAACUGAUGCAGCAAUGUGGGAAACAUGUUGGUUAAUGUUCCUGGCAGUGAUUUCGUCAUAUUUGCAAACA